GCGAGACAAAACGGAACGAAACGGUGGUGCUAAAUAUAAUACGCGGAGGCACGCGAUUCUCUUACGGCCGGGGACCGCAGGAUGAUCAUCAACAUCCGAAAGCGCAAACAUCACCCUCGGUAGUGAUCUUGUUGUCGUUGUUUCGUUGAUACGUUUCUCGCUGCGGAAGUCGGAACGUAGAAAGCUGAACGAACGCGACGUGUGUCGAAACGAAUUGUGAUACAACCGGUCUCAAGGAAAAUCUUGCCAGUUUUGUGAUUUCUCGGGGGUGAAGAUUUCUAGGGGACAAUUCUAUAUGUGUUUCAGGCGUUCUGCCGAUAUCGUUUUUGUCACGUGGUAACCGGCCGAAUUAAAGAGAUGAAUAUCCAGAAGUCCGAGGGUCUUUUAUCGGUGGUUUUACCUACUGAACUGGCGUCCUCGCCGAGUUCGAGACAACUCAUUAUAAAUCAAGACCAACAGGACGAAGAGGCAUCAGACUGUCCACUUUUGACUCCCAGCCCGCCGACCACGCAAGCGAACAAUGCCUUGGAAUCCGGAGCGAUCUUUGUUUCUCUGGAAGGAAAUCCCGUGGAAUCGAUUCCACCGCCAACGCUCGAGAACAUUAAUAAAGAGGACGGGCUUAACGAGUUCAUGAGUAUAGUGAACAGCUCAAGCAGAACGCUGAACGAUGAGCCCAGUUCACGGGACCCAAUGGUAGAAUCGACGACCAGCGGAAGCAGCAGCGACACGAAUGGGCCUGUUUGUGCGCAGCUGUUGACACAAUUAAACACAGCAUAUCAACACCUUGCACCUGAUGCUCAAGCACUGUUUUACAAUCAGGAGAACGGCGGGAAGCCACCUUUGGUCGGGAUACAAUUGAUGGUGCCGAAACCGUCGAAGGAUUAUCGUUUCAUGAAAUGGAACUGGCCGCUGAUACGGAAGACGUGCUUUUGGUCUUUGAUGUCGGUGCUUGCUGGAUGUACGGCUCUGGUCAUCGGUGUAAUCGCCACGAUGCCAAGAAAGUGCGACCCGCCGGUACAGUGGUGGCAAGGAAGCGUUUUCUACGAGAUAUUCCCAGCAUCUUUCCAAGACUCUUCAAAAGCCGGUGAUGGUAUCGGCGAUCUUCGAGGGAUAACGAUGCGUUUGGACUAUUUGAAGAAAUUAGGCGUACGUGGGAUACGUCUGAAUUCAAUUUUUCCGGCGGCACACUAUCCUGAAUAUUACUCGAACAUCGAUAAUCUGACAGACCUUAACAAAGAAUUAGGAACUUUGGAUGAUUUCGCUACGCUCGUGCGUGAAAUUCACCGACGAAACAUGAGCUUGCUCCUCGAUCUGCCUUUGUAUCCGUUUAUAAAGACUUUGUACAAUGAGAGUACAUCAUCUGAAAAGCCUAACAAAACAGACAAAGCUGUGCGCGAGAGAAGAGACGUUACCGAUGAUAGUGUCCUAGAGGAGGUCGUACUGACGACACCUUCCACGUCGCUGCAAGCGAUUCGAGAAGCAUUGUCCUCGAUACCACCUCCUUUGGACGAACCAGAGCAACAAUUACUCAUUUCCAAUCACGUUAAUGCCGUGUCGGAUAACCUUGUCACGACGGCCAUUAAAAUUUGGCUAGAAAGGGGGGUUGAUGGAUUCUAUUUAAAAGGACUGGAACAUUAUGUCGAGGAGGAAUUGUUUGUGAGCAGCCUGAAACACUGGAAGUACAUUCUAGGGUCUGAAAGAAUACUUAUUUGUCACAUGGAUGCUUUGAAUGCUGCCAAGUCGAUCGCGGCGAGAAAUUCCAUUCUAAUGAGGAUGGAUCUCGUGGAUGUUACGUUGCGCGUUGCUAAUGGCACGAUGGAAAUCAAGAGGCAAGUUGAGGAGGUCACGAAAGGCCUAUUAUUCGAGAAACCAGGUUAUCCUUGGAUACAUUGGUCCAUAGGCGGUGUGGAUUCUAAAAGAAUAGCCUCUACCAUUAACGUGAAGAACGCAACCAUGGCCGCUACUUUGUUAGGGAUGAUGCUCCCAGGAACACCGAGUAUAUUCUACGGAGACGAGAUAGGUAUCAUGGACUGCGAAUGCGAGGAUCAUAAGGAUCUUCCUCACGUGCACAAUUUGCCUCCUAUGUAUUGGGAGAAGAUUGAUGGUUCUGAUGUUAAAUUUGCGUCCAUCGGCGUUACGGCUUGGCUUCCGGAAGCAACGAAACCGUUAGAGACAAGUUUGUACGGGACCAUCACUGAGAUGGCUAAACUGAGAUCAGAGACAACUCCGAUUUACGUUAAAGCGGUGCUAAAAGAGAAUCAGGUGCUGGCAAACUGUGAUAUUAGGUAUGCUGAUGAUGAAAUGAUUGUAAUAGAACGAUGGUAUCCACGACGGAACUCUUACGUCUUUCUAGCCAAUUUAGGCAAUAGUACGCAAACGAAGGAUUUAUCUUUCCUUUAUUAUGGUGGUCAGGUUGUAGUUGGUCCGUCAUACAGAUUGAACAAAGAUGUAUACUUCAAGCAACUAAUUAUACCUCCAGGAGAGGCUAUUGUCAUAAAGCUCGAUAAAUGA